UUAACAUUCCCUCCAGAGAGUCCCUUGCUACUGGACUAAUGUCAGUCAGAGCAGGAGCUCAGCUCUGCUAAAUGUCAUAGUCGUCGUCGGGUAGCCCUGGACGGGAGAGGGAAAGGGCAGGUUGUAGUUGUUGGGAUCUGAAGAGAAGGCAGUUCCACACGCCAGGGAAGGCGUGGAGGCCAAGAAGCAAAGGCCAUGGCAUCGGGGUGACCGCAACCCCUGGAUUGGAACGUUGAGCACUGGAAGUGAGGAAUAGUCAGUGUCUGCUGUGGAGGAGUGAAGGCCUGGGAGAAUCAGGACUUAUGACCCUGAGCUCAUGAUCAGCUUAGGCAUUAGAGAUUAGGCUUUGCCGACCAUCUGCUUUAUCUGAAGAUUUUCAGCUGAUGAGGCGCUAGCAGGUUCAAACACCAUCGUGUCUGGGUCCUGGACUGGUGAUUUCGGAGAGAGUGCUAGCAGGAUGGCCCAGGAUCUCAGUGAGAAAGAGCUGCUGAGGAUGGAGGUGGAGCAGCUGAAGAAGGAAGCGAAGAACCCUCGUGAUCCGAUUUCCAAGACCGGAAAGGAAAUCAAGGAUUACGUAGAGGCCCAAGCUGGGGCUGACCCUCUUCUCAAAGGCAUCCCAGAAGACAAGAAUCCCUUCAAGGAGAAAGGCACUUGUGUGAUAAGCUGAUGGCCCAGAGCACCCCCACUUUUUUCCCGUUCCUCCUCACCCAGGCCCAAGUGUGCUGGGAUCCCCAGGGACCAUUGUUUACCUCCUCUUGAAUUUAAAAUGAGUAAAGAUGCUGGGGAAAAAAUGCA